UGUCAAUGCUUUUCUGUUGCUCCAUAACUCCAUUGACUCUAUAUAAACGCGAUCACAAAUCUCAUAUUCACCUACCCACAUUUCUUCUAGAGCUCCACAUUCUGCAACCAAAUCAAAUUCUUCAGUUUAUUCUCACUUUAAUUUAUCUACAUUAUGUCAUCUUCUACUAAAAUCAUUAAUCGAUCAUCUCAGGUUAUUACCUGCAAAGCGGCGGUGGCGUGGGGACCAGGGAAAGAGUUGGUGAUAGAGGAGGUGGAGGUGAGUCCGCCACAACCCAAUGAAAUCCGGAUCAAAGUCGUCUGCACUUCUCUUUGUCGAAGCGAUGUCACCGCUUGGCAAUCGCAGGCUAUUCCAAUCUUUCCUCGGAUCUUUGGCCAUGAAGCAUCAGGGAUUGUUGAGAGUGUAGGGCAGGGGGUAACAGAAUUCCAAGAGGGUGAUCAUGUGCUUACAUUAUUCACCGGAGAGUGUAUGACAUGCAGACAUUGCUUAUCUUCCCAAAGCAAUAUGUGCCAAGUUCUAGGUCUGGAAAGGAAAGGUGUCAUGCACAGUGAUCAGAAGACACGUUUUUCAAUCAGAGGAGAGCCCGUGUUUCACUACUGUGCUGUCUCAAGUUUUAGUGAGUACACUGUCGUUCAUUCUGGUUGUGCUGUUAAAGUGAGACCUGAUGUUCCUCUGGACAAACUAUGUCUUUUCAGUUGUGGUGUAGCUGCAGGUCUAGGUGCUGCUUGGAAGGUUGCUGAUAUAUCAAAACAAUCAACUGUGGUGAUAUUUGGCCUUGGAACUGUUGGUCUCUCUGUAGCUCUGGGGGCCAAACUCAGGGGAGCUUCUCAAAUAAUUGGUGUUGACAUAAACCCUGAUAAAUUUGAGAAAGCAAGAUUAUUUGGAAUAACGGAUGUUGUCAACCCAGCAGAUCAUGAAGAACCCAUAAAUCAGGUCAUUAAGCGUAUGACGAGUGGAGGAGCUGAUUAUGCCUUUGAGUGUGUGGGUGAUACUGGAACUGUAACAACUGCUUUGCUCUCAUGCUGUGAUGGAUGGGGUUUGACUGUUACUCUUGGUGUACCAAAAGUGGAUCCUGAAGUGAAAGCUCAUUAUGGUUUGCUUCUUUCUGGGAGAACACUGAAAGGGACGCUAAUUGGAGGGUGGAAACCCAAGUCAGAUAUUCCUAAGUUGGUGGACAUGUACAUCAGGAAGGAAAUCCCGGUUGAUCAGUUUAUCACUCAUAAUCUUCAAUUUGAAGACAUCAACAAAGCUUUCAAUCUUAUGAUUGAUGGAAAUUGUCUACGUUGUGUAAUUCACAUGCCAAAAUAGAUUUUAACAGGUAUGAUGAGGAUAAACUAUGAUACAAUUGUUUUAGAGUAUAUAUGAUUGAAAUGAAGUAUAUACGAGGGUAAACUAGCUAUGAUAAUUUUCCUCUUCAUGACUAUAUCUUGGAAUUCUUUUUUGGAUUAUGUGAGUUGUUCUAACUACUUGUAAUGCUUCUUUGAUGACAUUCUCAAUGUUAAUUUAAAUUUUCUUCUUUGUAUAAUGAUCUAUGAAGGGGUUGAUCCCCAUUAAUUUGGAAGUUACAAUUUCUUGCA